CAGCCAAACAGAGAGGUAGGUGUUGAAGACUCCGAACAACCGGUCCAAACCAUCACCGGCGGCCGUCUACAGUCUACACAACCGCACUAUUUCAUCGUGCGUCAGGAUGAGUGUUGCUGAUGAAGAUUUAUCACAGUUUGACAUAUCUAAGCAGGAGAUAGACAAGCUUAUUGCAGAAGUAAUUCGCUAUGUACUUUUUAAAACUCACCAAAAUUCUGGAUGCCCAAUUAAGAGGGAGGAACUUACACAACUGGUUACUGCGAACUAUCAACAACGUAAUCUUCCAUCUUACGUUAUAAAUGCUGCUAAGGAAAAGCUUUCAAGCAUUUUUGGUUAUGAACUGAGGGAACUUCAAAGAUCACGCCCUUCAUCAACAAAACAAGGGCGUUCCUCACAAGGUCUUGAUACCAAGUCCUAUGUUAUCAUAAGCCAACUGCCUGCUGAGAUAUACAAGAAAUAUGUGGAGGAUGUGAACACCUCACAUCUCACUGGUUUUGCUUUUGUUGCAAUUAGUAUUGUGCACCUUGCUGGAGGUAAACUUCCAGAAGAAAAUCUCUGGCAUCAUUUGAAACGUAUGGGCUUGUCUGAAGCUGAAGAAAACCACCCAGUCCUUGGAAAUGUCAAGCAGGCAUUGGAGACACUUACCCAGCAAAGAUAUUUGCAGAAGGAGAAGGUUAGUGGUCCUGAAGGGAAUACUGUCUUUUAUGAGCUGGCUGAGAGAGCUAUAGAUGGCCCAGUAAGUGAGAGAAUUAAGCAAUACAUAUCACAGAUUGUGAAGAGAGAUAUGACCGCUGUGGAUGUUUAGUGCUUUAAAUACUUCUAGCUCUUAACUGAGUCAAUUUGGGGAUAUGUUUUGAUGGUUCCAUCACUCUUCCAUGCAUUAUUUGAUUACUGGUUUCCUUUGAGCUAAGGUCAGCCACACUUGUAGUCCUAUUGAUCAUCUAUGCAUAUGAAGUAGAGAAUUUUGAAGUGCUUUGUGGCUUUUCGCUCAAGGGAGAUGGCUUUUAAAGACAAAAAGUGUAGGAAAGUUCCUGCUUUGACCAAGGUUAUAUUCACCGCUGAUCCUGCUUAAAUCUUUGAUUGCUCUUUCUUCUGAAAUAAUCUGUCACAAUUUUAUCAAAACUAGUAUCAUUAUCAGGACUUGCAAUUCCGCAAUUGCAAUGUCACUCAUAUGCCCCUAUAAAGUUUGCAAACUUCAUCGGGAUGUAUACGGCAUACCCUUUUCCAUUCCUGCAAGAUUUUGAAUCAGGUUCUAAAUGCUGAAUGGAACCUCUUAAUACAGUCAAAUCAGCAGG